GUUCAAUCCUUUCCUUUCGAUGUCACAGGUUCGAUUCAAGGUAUCUAAGUCAGAGCAUGAGCCCGGCUCAGACGAUGGACCCAAGAACGGCGUGGAUUUUUCCUCCGAUGUCAACGUUGAAAUAAUUGAACCGGCAAGUCCAAAUGCGACCGCCACAGAAAACUUGCUCAUCACUAAAGAUGGAAACUUGGCCCUUUACGAGGAUGAAAUCCAGAAAAGACCGAAAAUGUCUGCGUUCUUGUCGACCUUGGCGAAGUACGAAGUUGUCCCUACGGCUCCCCAGCAGCGAGAGGAUGAAGAAAUUAAAGAAAAAAAGAGCAAAUCUGAAAAGAUGGGAACAAUUAUGGGAGUGUACUUGCCAACCAUACAGAACAUAUUUGGUGUAAUCCUGUUUAUCCGAAUGUCAUGGAUCGUGGGAAUCGCAGGGGUCACUCAGGCAUUCUUCAUCGUUUUCAUCUGUUGCUGUUGCACUAUGUUGACUGCGAUAUCAAUGAGCGCUGUUGCAACAAAUGGUGUAGUACCAGCUGGAGGCUCCUACUUCAUGAUAUCCCGCGCCUUAGGGCCAGAGUUUGGAGGUGCUGUGGGGCUUCUGUUCUACCUGGGAACCACAUUCGCUUCCUCCAUGUAUAUUCUAGGUGCUAUUGAGAUUCUAGUAACCUACAUCGCACCCUCUAUGUUUCUUUUUGCGGAUGGCAAUGCAGGGGGUGGUUCCUCAUCCCCGGCAAUGUUGAACAACAUGCGUAUCUACGGAUCAGUUCUGCUGUUGCUUCUGGUGCUGAUUGUAUUUGUUGGUGUCAAGUAUGUCAACAAGUGUGCUUCAUUGUUCCUGGCAUGCGUUGUCAUUUCGAUAGUGGCUAUCUACGCUGGGUUUUUCUCAGCUCAAGUCAGAGACUUGCCAAAAGUCUGCAUUCUUGGCGAUGCGAUUCUUGCCAAAUCAAGCUAUGAGACUUGCUCCUACAAUGAUUCAAUGCUUAGGACAGCCUAUGGAUCCGACCCUUUAUUCUGGAACUCAACCAGGCUGAGAUAUGUGAAGGGGGUCCCAGGAAUCACAAGUGGUGUGUUUACAGAAAAUGCCAAGAGCCACUAUUUGAAGAAGAACGAGAUAAAGAUGGGCGUGGCAGCUGGUUCUAAUGAAGGGGAGAUCAGAUCCGACACAACAACCUCAUUCUUCAUCUUGCUUGCUAUAUUCUUUCCUUCUGUCACAGGUAUCAUGGCUGGUUCUAACAGAUCUGGUGACCUCAAAGAUGCGCAGAACUCCAUCCCCAAAGGAACAAUUGCUGCUAUAGCAACUACUUCAUUUGUUUACCUGACCUCAGUUUUACUGUUUGGAGCAACCAUCCAAGGAGAGCUGUUGAGGGAUAAAUUUGGACGCAGUAUAGGGGGUGUGCUGGUGGUAGCAAAUAUAGCAUGGCCUACCAAAUGGGUGAUCUUGAUUGGUUCCCUGCUGUCCACGAUUGGUGCUGGCAUGCAAAGUCUAACAGGUGCCCCACGUCUGCUGCAAGCUAUAGCCAGAGACAACAUAAUUCCAUUCUUGAACUUCUUUGCUGUUGGGUCCAAGUCUGGGGAGCCGACCCGUGCACUCCUGCUAACUGCUGCUAUAUCAGAGAUUGGGAUUCUUAUCGCUAACCUGGACAGCGUCGCCCCAAUAAUCACCAUGUUUUUCCUUAUGUGCUAUGGGUUUGUUAACCUUGCAUGUGCAGUACAAUCCCUCCUGAGGACUCCAAACUGGCGACCACGCUUCAAAUACUACCACUGGUUCACAUCUUUUCUUGGUGUGUGUUUAUGCCUUGCCCUGAUGUUCAUCUCAAGCUGGUAUUAUGCACUAGUUGCCAUGAUCAUCGCUGCCGCAGUCUACAAAUACAUUGAGUUCCAAGGGGCUAAGAAGGAAUGGGGAGAUGGAAUCCGCGGUUUAGCACUUAGCGCUGCACGCUUUAGUCUGCUACGACUUGAAGAGGGUCCUCCUCAUACCAAGAACUGGAGGCCACAGAUUCUAAUCCUGUGCAAGUUAGAUGAGAGUCUACAACCUCAGUCCCGACGUCUGCUCAGUCUGGCCAGCCAACUAAAGCAUGGAAAAGGUCUGUCUAUUGUUGGUUCAGUCCUUGAAGGAGAGUACCAGAACUUGGUGACCGACAUCACAAGCGCAAAGGAGAACUUGAAAGUGUGCAUGAAAGAGGAGAAAGUGAAGGGAUUCAUGAAGAUUGUCACCUCGGAGAAUGUCAAGCAGGGCAUAUCUUUCCUCAUUCAAGGAAGUGGCCUUGGAGGACUCGACCCAAAUACAGUGCUGCUUGCCUUCCCAGAGAACUGGCGUGAGAGAGAACUGUGGAUGUCGUUUGUUGAGACCACUCAGACGGUUUCCCUCGGUGAGCAGGCGUUGCUGGUUCCCCGCCAUAUCGACGCGUUCCCAGAUAACCAUGAGCGCCUGCAGGGCUCGGUGGACGUGUGGUGGAUUGUACACGAUGGGGGUAUGAUGAUACUCAUUCUCUUCCUGCUCAGGCAGCACAAAGUCUGGAAAAGAUGCAAGCUCCGGAUCUUCACCGUCGCACAGUUGGAGGACAACAGUAUCCAGAUGAAAAAGGACUUGGAGACGUUCAUGUACCACUUGAGGAUAGAGGCCGAGGUCCAAGUCAUCGAAAUGGUUGAUAAUGACAUCUCCGAGUACACUUACGAGCGAACACUGGUGAUGGAGCAGAGGAACCAGAUGCUCAAGCAGAUGCAAUUGUCCAGGAAGGAGAGCAAGAGAGAGAUCCAGGCAGUGGUGGUUAACUCCUACCGGUCCCGUUCUCAUUCCUCGGCAAGUCAGGCGGCGGAAGGCAGUAGGUCAAGUAGCAUGCUUGAUGCCAGUUCCAGUGGGGGCAGUAAAGUGGUGCGUCGACCCUCUGAAGGUGAAGCACCAGAAACUAUCAUUGAAGAGCCAGAUGCAGAGAAGGAUAGCGAGGGCAAGGCCUCUCCUACCUCUUCGCUCACUGCACCGCAAGAGCAGAACGUUCGCCGAAUGAACACCGCAGUAAAACUCAACGAUAUCGUCAAGGAGAAGUCAAAGGAGGCCCAGCUGGUGGUAAUAAACCUGCCGGCCCCUCCCACAAGCAUGGAUGAGUGGCAGAACUACAUGGACUUCUUGGACGUGCUGACUGAGGGCCUGGACCGAGUACUGAUGGUCAGAGGAGGCGGACGUGAGGUCAUCACUAUCUAUUCGUGACGUCAUGGCAGCCAUCCAAUCACGAUCUGCCUCUGUCAGAAUGGGUCAACACCAUAUUUGCACGAUGUUAGGUUAUUAACAGAUUUUAAGGAUUUUUUUAAUGCCAUAUUUAAUGCCAACAAGAGGAAAUUAUUUAUUGCUUCUGGUCAAAAUCCCGAUUAUACCAUAUGUUGGAGUGUGGAAAGUAAUACUAGAGGGGCGAGUUUACUAUUUACUGAUGUCGUGGCAGAAUUCAGAUUGAAUACUUACUAUCUAAUUCCGAUUAUACCAUAUGUUGGAGUGUGGAAAGUAAUACUAGAGGGGCGAGUUUACUAUUUACUGAUGUCGUGGCAGAAUUCAGAUUGAAUACUUACUAUCUAAUCCCGAUUAUACCAUAUGUUAAAGUGUGGAAAGUAAUACAAUAGGGGGUGAAUUCACUAUUUACUGAUUUCAUGGCAAAAUUCAGAUUGAAUACUUACUAUCAAAUGUUUAUUAUAAACAUAAAUGGCUAUGGUUUAUUUCCGGGAUUUUGAAUCAAGCAAUUACGCUGCAUCCUGCAAAUGAUGAUAAUUAUAAUAUAUUUUUUUUACUUGUUAACAUGUUGGUCGAAGUAUAAAGUUGUUUAUAAAGCA